CCUCAGGAAGAUGGCGGCUGCCAUGCCGGGCACGUGUGGACGCGGGGCUGCGGCGGGCGAGGAGGCGGACGGGGAUUCUGACUUAAGCUCAGAAAUUCCAGAAGACAGCUGCUCUUCAGGAGGAGAAGAUGAAGAUGAUGGUGAUGGUGAUGAUGAAGAUGAAACAUCAGCCCUUGGCAAAGGGGUUGAGGAGGCAACAAGCUCCAAAGCUGGCCCAGGUGCAGGCUGGGCAGAUGCCAUGGCAAAAGUGCUCAACAAAAAGAUUCCGCAAAAUAAAUCCACUAUCUUGUCCAAGAACAAAAAACUGGAGAAGGGGAGAGAAAAGGAAAAGCAAGAAAGGCUGGAGAAGAGAAUGAAGCUUCAAAAAAAGCAGGAGUGGGAAAUGAUGUGCCGAGUGAAGCCAGAUGUUGUCAAAGACCGAGACAAAGAAAGAAAUCUUCAGAGAAUUGCUACAAGAGGCGUUGUACAAUUAUUUAAUGCUGUCAGGAUGCACCAAAAGAACGUUGAUGAGAAGGUGAAGAAAGCUGGGAGCUCUGAUAGGCAGCGUGCUAAGCUGCUGUCAUCUGUUUCAAAGAAAGAUUUCAUCGACGUUUUAAGAAACAUGGAGGGUGAUAAAGGAAGUAAGAAUACUGCUGUAAGAGCUGGAAAAAGGAAAAAGGGUGAAGUGAAGUCUGAAGAGGGACCAGAAUGGAAAAUACUGCGUGAUGACUUCAUGAUGGGAGCAUCUAUGAAAGACUGGGACAAGGAAAGUGAUGGAGAGGGCAGUAUUGAACAAGGAGGAGGUCUGAAACAAGAUGACAGUGAAUGAAACUGAAAACCACUCAAGAUAAUGUUUUAUCUUAACUUUAUUUGGAUAAAAAGUCAGCAUUCUGUGAAUGUACAACACUUCGAGGAUAUCUUUUUAAGAAAAAAAAAA